AUGGCACGGUCGCUCUCUUUCUUCUCCGAGUACAACUUCUUCGUGCACUACAAGCCAGGCAAGACUAACACUUUUGCUGACGCACUGUCACGACGUUCAGAUUACGAUCCUCGUAUGGCACUGAGUCGACAGGCAACUCAAGACGACAAUGAAGACGAUCGAUGUGCGACGUGUGUGCCGUUGAAUCUAACUCGGGUCACACCCGAGUUAUGCCUUAACGAUGAAAUUGUCGCGGCUUACGCGAACGAUCCGGAUUACGCGGACAUUAUUGCCUAUCUGCGCGCUCCCAGUGAUGCUGCACUGGGAGCUCUUUCGCGAACGAAGCGUGAACACAUUCAACGAUACAGUAUAGAUGGUGAUUUGCUGCUAUCCAUCAUCGAUAAAUCCGAUGCACCUCGAACGGUGAUUGCGAAUGACUUGGAUUUGCGUGCUCGUAUCAUCCACGAGUACCAUGAUGCCCCAAUUGGAGGUCAUCUGGACCGCGAAAAGACAUUCGCGGCUGUCUCACUUGACUUCUUCUGGCCCCACAUGUACAAGAGGGUUCACAACUGGGCUCGCACCUGCAAAAUAUGUCAGCGCGUGAAUCCAUCUCCAUCGUCACAGGCACCCCUGCGACCCCUGACAAUUGCAGCUGAGGCUUGGCGCUCAUUUUAA